CAUAGUUCAGAGAAAGUGUCUCCAAAGUGCGACAGACCAAGCAGAGAUUAACAUUUUCUUCUAAAAGAAGCUUCAACCGUCGGAUUUCAGGACGUCUUCUAUUUAUCCUUCUCUCGCGCGCUCGUCUCCAGCGCGCGCGUCUCUUUCGCCUCUCCACGAGCGCGAGUGCUGAGGUUGUGUGUGGGCUGCCAUGUGGUAACGGCGUCCCUCAGGGAGCGUGUAGGAGAGAGAGAAUGAAAUGUAAAUUGCGGAUGGAGGGAGUGAUGCAGCCACAGCACCGGGGACUAGUGAACAUCCUGAGGGUUCUUUUGAUUUGUCUCGUCGUCCUCGUCCUGACGUCAGAAGUUCACGCAGGUGGUAAGAAGCACAGUGGAAUAUGUGGGGGCAGAGACUGCAGUGGCGGUUGUAAAUGCUAUCCUGAGAAAGGUGCAAGGGGCCAGCCAGGUCCUCUUGGCCCUCAGGGCCCUACGGGACCUCCAGGACGUGCAGGUGACCCUGGCCUGCACGGUUUUAAGGGAGAGAAGGGUAACCCAGGUGAGCCAGGCGUCACAGGACUGAAAGGGGCUCAGGGAAUGAUAGGAAGUCCAGGGUUUCCAGGAGCAGAUGGUAUUCCAGGUCACCCAGGGCAACAAGGCCCUCGAGGAAAACCUGGUGCUGAUGGCUGUAAUGGAACCCGGGGAGAUACUGGAACACCUGGCCUGGAGGGAUUUAAUGGUCCUGCUGGAGAAAAUGGUCAGCCUGGCAAGAAGGGUGAGAAAGGGGACUCCCUGGAUAUUAGCGUUUACAUGGAGAGAUUUCGGGGUGAGCCAGGACUUCCAGGACAUCCAGGACCUAUAGGCCCUCCUGGAAGCAGUGGGCUUCAAGGAAGACCAGGUCUCAUAGGUGCUCAGGGUGAAAAGGGUAAUAGAGGACCUCCAGGACCAAAGGGCAGUGCAACUGCAACCCAUAAAGGAGAAAAAGGAGAACAGGGGGGUGUUGGAGAUCCAGGGCCGCCAGGGACGGAAGAGUUAAAAGGCCCCUUUCCAGGCCCCAAAGGCGAGAAAGGUUUUAAAGGUGAACCAGGAGAUUUGGGGUUUCAUAUCAAAGGAGAGACAGGAGUUCCAGGAUUUCCUGGGGAACGGGGCUCUACAGGAAGAACUGGACUGAAAGGAAAAAAGGGUGAAGUUGGAGAUGAAGGUUAUCCUGGGCAGCCAGGAAGCAAGGGGGAACCAGGAGAGGCAGGAGAGCUGAUCUAUUCAAAUGGAUAUAGUGGAGUUGGCCCACCAGGUCCUCCAGGAGAACGUGGGCCACCAGGGACUGAUGGUCUCAGAGGAAAUAAAGGAUUACAGGGUCCCUCUGGGCAAGAUGCUCAGGAACUAUUAGAGUUAUUCGGCCCAUUUGGACCAAAAGGGGAAAAGGGGAAGAAAGGUGACGCUGGGGAACCUGGUAUCCCAGCCUCAGAGCCUGGGCCCCCAGGCUUUGAUGGCCUACCAGGACCACCUGGGCCAGCCGGACCAAAGGGAUCAUGGAGUGUGUUUUUCAGAGGGCCUGAAGGGCCACCUGGUCGUCCAGGAAAUGCUGGAGCAAAAGGACGUAAAGGUGACCAUGGUCAUUGUGAGUGCACUUUGCGAACCUCCCCUCCUGGACCCCCUGGCCCAGUUGGCGAUCAGGGUGACCCUGGAAUAGCGGGCGAGUGGGGUCAGCGGGGUGAUCAGGGAGACCAGGGUCCCAGAGGCCUCACUGGUCUGCAUGGCUUUCCUGGGACACAGGGGCUGGCCGGACCUAAAGGCUCUAAGGGAGAUAGAAUAGAGGUUAAAGAGAAAGGAUCACCUGGAGAACCAGGAGACCCGGGGAGACCAGGUGAACAAGGAAAUCAAGGCAGACCUGGGACUAUUGGAAUAGAUGGUGCCCCUGGACUUCAUGGUCUUCCUGGAGAAGGGCCAGUUGGUGAGCCUGGAGAGAAGGGUUACCCAGGCAGGCCAGGUCCACCAGGGUUCCCAGGACUAGAAGGGUUACCAGGACAACCAAUUGGAGCACCUAAGGGUGUUAAGGGUAUACCUGGUGAUGCAGGAUUAAAUGGUUAUGAUGGACUCCCAGGCCUACCGGGUACUUCAGGAGACUGUAGUCUACAAGGAGAAGGAGGCAAGUGGAUUACAGCAGGGGAUUGUGCAGCUAUAUCUGGAACCCCAGGAGAUAUAGGACCCCCAGGACUUCUUGGAUUGGAGGGAAUGCCAGGUCUACCUGGUCCAAAAGGAUUUGCAGGAGAUAGAGGCAAGAUAGGAGCUAAAGGAGUUCAAGGAGACCAGGGCAUUGGAGGCCAAACUGGGAAACCAGGUUUUACUGGACCUCGUGGAGAUAUAGGCAAUACUGGACCAAAAGGUCUCAAAGGUUCUUCUGGCAUACCAGGUAGGCCAGGGCUUGAUGGUGAUCCUGGACAAAAGGGUCCUAAUGGUGAAGCUCUAGGAGCAUCUCCUGGGCCCCCAGGUGAAGGAGGACUACCAGGACAGCAGGGGCUAAAAGGUCCCCCUGGAAAUCCUGGCAAAAUUGGAUACCCAGGCAUGGAGGGAAUGCCUGGGAUGAUUGGGAUCAAAGGUGAAUCAGGUCCCCCAGGCUUGCAGGGGGAAACAGGAACACCUGGACCAGCAGGAAAAUUUGGCUUCCCUGGGAAGCCUGGUCAGACAGGACCCCCUGGACCUCCAGGCCACACUGGACCACCAGGGCCUAAGGGAAAAACAGGCGAUCGAGGAGAUGGCGGUCCCCCAGGGCCCACAGGAGUGAAGGGUGUUAGGGGACAACCUGGAAGUGAUGCUGGGCCAGGAGAUUAUGGAACACAAGGGGAUCCAGGUGACCCUGGACAUAUUGGGCAGCCUGGCGUUCCUGGCCUUAAAGGUGUAAAAGGCUCUUCAGGCAUGACAGGUUUCCCAGGAAUGUUCGGAAAUCCCGGUCUAAAGGGCCUUCAAGGACAGAAAGGGCUGGUAGGAAUACCAGGGGAACAAGGAGAGAAAGGAGGCAUGGGGCAACAGGGACAAAAAGGUGAAAGAGGAGUUAUGGGCCCUCCAGGUAAAAUGUCCAUCAUAGAAAUGACACAUAUGAAAGAGGUUAUGAAGGGUACAAAAGGUGACCAUGGAUAUGAAGGAGAUGCAGGUUUCACUGGGCCCCGAGGCACCAAAGGUUUGCCAGGGAUUCCAGGACAAGAGGGGCAUCAUGGAUUACCCGGGGACCCCAGCAAUACAAAAGGUCUGCAAGGACAGCCUGGAGCUCAGGGACUUCCUGGCCAGAAAGGGAUGCCAGGUCCUACAGGAUCCCCAGGAAUUCACGGAUUUUAUGGACAGAGUGGACCUAGGGGGGAGAAAGGUUCCCCUGGUGCUUAUGGAGCAACAGGAUAUGUUGGAAUCAAGGGGAUCAAAGGUGACCACGGUGACAUUAUCGAUCUCCCAGGACCCACAGGACCCAGAGGGGAAAGUGGGCUGCCUGGACCUUUAGGUCAGAAAGGUCACACAGGUGAGUCAGGAGAUAGAGGAAGUCCUGGUUUUGAUGGCAUCGAAGGAAAUAAAGGGACUCAAGGUGAACCUGGAAGACCAGGGCAUUCAGGUGCUGAAGGUCUACAGGGCUUUCCAGGAAACCAGGGUUCUAAGGGCUGGCCAGGAGUGCCAGGAGCGGCAGGGGCCCCCGGUAAACCAGGUCAUCCAGGACAAACAGGUUUUCCUGGCCUUGAUGGGAUUUCAGGGUUGCAUGGCCUUAAAGGUCCAAAAGGCCUUCCAGGUGUUGCAGGUCUUGACAAUUGGGGGAUACCAGGUGAGGAUGGAGAAAAAGGACAAAUCGGAGAUGCAGGUGUUCCCAACACAGAGAUUGGGGUUCCUGGAGCUCAUGGCCUUAAAGGUUCAACAGGAGAUCCAGGUGUUCAGGGUGAUCCAGGCCCUCCAGGAAAUCAAGGGUCUCCAGGAGCACAGGGAAUUCCUGGCAGAAAGGGUCUAUCAGGGGACAUAGGGUUCCCUGGUCAGAAAGGUCUUCCAGGCCUUCCUGGAACCACUGGUCUUCCAGGUUUUCCAUCUCCAUUUGGAGCUAAAGGAGAUCAUGGCAUUCAAGGAGGUCAUGGAACCUCAGGACCAAAAGGGCCACCAGGGGAUAUAGGAGACAAAGGAUUUUCUGGACAGUCUGGUGUGUCAGGAGGAAAAGGUAUAAAGGGAGCCAUGGGAAGGAUGGGUGUCCCAGGACCACGUGGUUUACAAGGUGGUAGAGGGCUUCCUGGAUCUAAAGGAGAGACUGGACCACCAGGCCCACCUGGCCCCCCUGGUGCUAAAGGACUCCCUCCAGUACCUGUGAAGGUGCCAGGAGAGAGAGGACCCCCUGGUUCACUUGGAAAUCAAGGACUACAAGGAGUGAGAGGAGAGUUAGGCCCUAUGGGACACCCUGGAGAUCAAGGGUUUGUGGGACCACAGGGGCAAAAGGGAAUGCCAGGGCUGCCUGGAAUACCAGGAACACCAGGUGUCCGUGGGGAUGUUGGACCAAUGGGACACCAGGGCCUCCAGGGCCUAGAAGGAAACCGUGGCCGUCCUGGUAUUCCUGGUCCCACUGGUAUGCCUGGACGCAGUGUCAGUGUUGGGUACCUCCUGGUGAAACACAGUCAGUCUGAUCAGACGCCAAUGUGCCCUGUGGGAAUGUCCAAGCUGUGGGAUGGCUACAGCUUGCUUUACUUUGAAGGGCAGGAGAAAGCUCAUAAUCAGGACCUUGGUCUGGCAGGCUCUUGUCUUCCUCGUUUCAACACCAUGCCAUUCCUGUAUUGCAACCCUGGUGACAUAUGCUACUAUGCUAGUCGGAACGACAAGUCUUAUUGGCUUUCUACAACUGCCCCCAUUCCCAUGAUGCCUGUGGAAGAGUCAGAAAUAAAGCCUUAUAUCAGCCGCUGUUCAGUAUGUGAGGCUCCAUCUGUGGCUAUAGCUGUGCACAGUCAGGAUAUAACUAUCCCACAAUGCCCUGCAGGCUGGAGAAGCUUAUGGAUUGGCUACUCUUUCCUCAUGCAUACAGCAGCUGGAGAUGAAGGAGGUGGUCAGUCUCUGGUGUCUCCAGGCUCGUGUCUGGAGGAUUUCCGCACCACUCCCUUCAUUGAGUGUAAUGGAGCUAAGGGUACCUGUCACUACUUCUCUAACAAGCACAGCUUCUGGCUGACAUCCAUUGACCAGUCCUUCCACAGUUCCCCUGAGUCUGAGACUCUCAAGGCGGGACAGCUCCUCUCACGCAUCAGUCGCUGCCAAGUCUGCAUGAAGAACCUGUGACUAGUAUGAACUUUGACUUGAGGGUGUGGCCAUUUUUAGAUUUUUGUGUGCAGUCCAGUAUAGAAUGCCAAGGUAAGCUGUAAAGGUCACCCAGAGAUCACAGUAACUAUUAAGUUAAUAAAACAAAAAGGAUUGUUUUUAAAGUAAAGUUUGUUAACAGCUCCUAAUUUAUAUACUGCAUACUAUUACAUCAUCAUGGAUGACGCUCAGUUUUUCUUCAUUACUAUGUACCCCUCCCUAUGUGCCUAAGGACUGAAGAUAUGUAAAUGUGUUGAGAAGAGAGGUCAAAGAAGCAUCAGAAGCUUAGAAUUUUUUUUUUAUAUCUUUACUCAUGUUACAUUAGAAAUGGUGCUUUUCCUAACUUAUUACCUCAUUCAACAUGAUUUGUACAACUGAUAUUACCAAAUACAUCAUACAGCAGAACCAAAGACGCCCAUGUUAAUGCACUGCUUCCCUUAUAUUCAUCUAUGUAUGACAUAUUAGAAUGUCUCAGUGUGUGAUUUAUACACCAGCCAAAUGCUUUACACUAUAAACUAUAUGUUUAGUGUUGGAACAAUACAACCAUCUGAGUGACACCUCAAAUAGUGUUGCUUUAACUUUAAGUUUUUAAUCAUGAUUUUAUCAUCAGAUAAUGAACUCUGUUUUACUAACACUGUUCUCCAACUGUACAUUUUGUUUUGUGGGGAAUUAUUUGCACUUAAAAUACAGUAUGUUGUUAUAAUCAUUAUACGAUGCUUCCUCAACAGCCUCUGAGCACAAGCAUGCACCUUUUUUACAGAACUACAGACCAGAGAGCAGUUUCUCUGAUAUGCAGACCACAAGUUAAAGCUUUGCAAAGUGGAGUUCAGAACAUCUUGUCUCAUUGAACAAGAAUUAUGGAUUAAUUUGUUUCUAUUCGGUUACACAGACUGCACUGAUUUUUACAUAAUGAAAAUUGUCCAAAUUGUUUUUUUCUUGCACAGCAAAGAGACAAAUGAAUAGCUCCUUUAUAACAGAAAGUCCUUCUUAAAAUCUGAUAUUUAAUGAUUAAUAGACCACAUUCAUCAGGUGAAUGACCACAUUUGUACUUUGCUCAGCCAUGCAUACCACAUGCCUUCUCAGUUUUAUGUAUCUAGAAUAGCUUUAUCUGACCAUAAACAAGUAAAAGGAGAUUAAACAAUGGGUUGUUGCAUUGAAUGUUAACAAGUUAACAAUGUAUUUAUGUGGAAUAUAUUUUUAGACUAUGUUCUGAAUGAUUGUGACUGUUAGCAUUACUGAACAACAACAAAUUAAAUGCUUCUGUUUGUUACA